UGUGAAUGUCCAAAAUGUGAUACACUCCCAGCGAGAAUUUCAGCCCAUUUUGGUGGGCUUAUCAAUGUACAUGCCCCUUUGGCCUUUGCACUUUUCCUAUUUAAACAGUCGGGUAAACGCUGCUGAGUGCUUGGUUUUUCAUUAACAUUCAACUUUGUUAAUUCUGGCCUCCCUAGCCACAAAUAAGCUCUCCUCACAUUGUCUCUCACCUACUGCUCCUCCUUCUCCUGAGGAGUUAUAAACAUCCUAGGAAUGACUAUGCCUCUCCAGUUCUCUAGGUAACAGGCUCAGUCAAUGCGAAAGGACCGCUCUGUUGAACACAUUUCUUUUGACAAGUGACGAUAAGCUUUUUUUGGCUGCCUGGAUCAAUCGGGGAAGACCAAGACGAUGGGGAAGAACGUGAAAACUGGAAUUAUGAAGGAUGUUACAGGUACCCUAUUUUUCUCAGUCUUCACUGCGGUGCUUGGCUUUUUCCAGUAUGGGUAUUGCAUUGGAGUCAUCAAUGCUCCGCAACAGAUCAUCAUGAUGCACUAUGGUAAGGUGCUGAACAUUAUAUCUGAAAAGAACACCACAGCAACUGAUGCCGUCCUUAAGCACCCUAAAAUCUUGAUGCUGUGGUCCUUGUCUGUGGCCAUGUUUGCUGUCGGUGGAAUGAUUUCCUCUUUCACUGUUGGUUGGAUUGGAGAAAAGAUGCCAAGAGUCAAAGCGAUGCUACUGGUGAAUGUUCUUGCAAUCUCUGGGAAUAUUUUUUUGGCCGUGUCAAAAUUUGGUCCCUCUCAUGUCCUCAUUGUUAUCGGAAGAGCAUUGACAGGACUGCAUUGUGGUCUCUCAUCCGGACUUGUUCCAUUGUAUGUUGGAGAGAUUUCCCCUAUCGCUCUCCGAGGGGCUCUGGGAUCAUUGCACCAGCUUGCUGUCGUUAUAGGCAUUCUCAUCAGCCAGGUUCUUGGUCUACACUUCCUCCUGGGAAGGAAUCAAACGUGGCCAUUGCUCCUCAGUCUAUCUGGUAUCGCGGCCGUUCUUCAGAUUUUCUUGCUCUUGAUUUGCCCAGAGAGCCCUCGGUACAUGUACAUUAAAUGUGGAGACCUAGAGGGAGCCAGAAAAAGCUUGAAAAGGCUCAGAGGAGAAAGCUAUGAUCCUACCAAAGAGAUUGAGGACAUGGAGAAAGAAAAGGAAGAAGCCUCAAAAGAAAAGCCCAUCUCGAUUUGGCAGCUUAUCACCUCCUCUACCUACAGGCAGCCAUUCCUGGUGGCCAUCGGGGUUCACAUUGCUCAGCAAUUUUCGGGAAUUAAUGCUAUUUUCUACUACUCUACAGAUAUUUUCAAAACUGCUCGUGUCAGCCAGCCUAUUUAUGCGACCAUAGGAGUGGGAUUUGUGAACACCGUCCUCACUGUGGUUGCUGUUUUCCUGGUGGACAAAGCAGGGAGGCGCUCCCUCUUUAUAGCUGGCCUAUUAGGCAUGAUGGUGUGUGCAACAACAAUGACCAUUGGCCUUGUCCUUCAGCCCAAACUUGCAUGGAUGAGCUACGUAAGCCUGACUUCCGUCUUCCUCUUUGUCAGUUUCUUUGAAAUUGGCCCGGGACCAAUUCCCUGGUUUAUUGUUGCCGAGUUAUUCAGCCAAGGCCCUCGCCCAGCAGCCGUCGCGAUGGCUGGCUUUAGCAACUGGUUCACCAAUUUCUGCAUUGGAAUGUUCUUCCCAUACGUAGCUAAACUAUGUGGCUCAUACGUGUUCCUGAUCUUUGCCGGCUUGCUCGUCCUUUUUGUUUUGUUUAUUUACUACAAAGUUCCAGAAACCAAAGGCAAGUCAUUUGAGGAAAUUGCAGAGGAGUUCCGUCGCCGAAACAAAGGAGCGAAGGGAGCAGGAAUCAAAGGGCCCAAGGCAGCAACGGAACUGGAGCAUUUGGGAGGCACUUCGGAGGCAUAAUGUCCAUCCGUACAAGAAGGAAGAAUGAAAAGAAUGUGUUAUUCAUGCUGCUGGGAGAAGUUCUGGAGAGAGCAUAUGUUUAAAAUGUAAAAAAUAUGGGAAAUGAUCCUGGAAGGUCGAGUCUGUUCUGUGGCUUCAGCUGGAUGUGUUUGUAGAGCUAUGUCUUUCUCCCGCUUCUCUAGGAACUCACUUAAUAUCGAGUUCCAACCUCUCAAAUGUUUUUUGUGCAAAAGAGGCAGAGGCAGGAACUGCAGUGGUCCCUGAACAGGGAUGUGUGCUCCAGUUAAUUUGUUCUGUGGUGGUCUGCUGGAGACGAAGAGGUUAGGGAUGGGAUAGAGAUUUGAUUCAGUUGACAUUUAAAAGUGAGCUUACCUAAUUCACCCUUUCUGAAACAGUACACGAACCAAAACUCAGCCAGCCUUCAAAAUCCACAAGUCUCUGAAUUUUGCAAUGCAGUUCUCCAGCCAAGUAAUGUGUUAAAAAAUGAAUAUACUGGGGGGAGGUGUGCAUAAAAAUGCAAAUAUUUGUGAAACCAGCAUACAAAAAUGCUUUAUACUAGGAAAAUUGCUCUGCAAAAAUGUAUAUAUGAGGCAAAAUUGCAUGCAGACAUGUAUAUAUUGGAAGAAAUUUGUACGAAAAUGCUGAUGAAUUUUCAUGGGCCUUUUUUAAAAAAAAAUGGCAAACUGCUGUUGAAAUGUGAAGAAUUGAAUUUAGGACUGGAAACAUGAUAAAAUGAAAUUGACAGAUUCACCUAUCUCUGCAAGAGAGGUGGUGAAGCAGCGCAGACAACUCAAAAGGGCUGCUGCUGUGUGGUCAUUUAUUCUCAAAACCCAGCUAUUUUGCAUGUAUGAAAAUCCCCAGCUUUCUCCUUGGUGGGAAGCAUUUGACCAGUUCAGCAAUUCAGCUGCUAUUGACUUAGCUUGACCACAUUGUUUUGGUUGCCUCUUAGGGAUUUUAAAGGGAAAUAUAGUUAAGUAGAAAGCUAAUUUUUGUUUUUCCCUCAGUAUUUUUGUCGCUGCUGUGGACUAGGAAAUAAUAGGGGGAAUCCCCAACUAGUAGGAACACAGGAAGUUGCCUAACACCAAGUCAGACCAGUUAGUCCAUUUAGCUCAGUAUUGUCUACCCUGACUGGCAGCAGCUCUCCAGGGUUCUAGGCACGGGUCUCUCUCACAAUUAUCAGGAGAUGCCGGGGAUUGAGCAUGUGCUCAACCACUGAGCCACGGUCUGUCCCAAAGGGAUAGUAGACGCUUCACCUACCUCUUGUCUGUAUGGGCACAUAUGUUUUCCACAGAUCAGGAGAGGAUGUAUUAAGAUUGGUCAAAUGAUGCAAGGGGGAAGGGUCAAUCUCCUGCUCUAGUGCCACAGUGACGGACCUAGUGGCUGCAUUUACCCUUUUGAAAAAACAUAGGCGAUCUGAUCACAGAUCUCCUACCCAGGCCUGUUAGUUGCAUUUAUAGGCUUUGUCCCAGUUCACAUAUCACAGGUCUGCCAUGAAUAUGGAGAUCGCUCAUGCUUUCCUCCCCUGGGCUCCUACUGGGAGGAAGGGCGGGAUAUAAAUCAAAUAAUAAGUAAGUAAGUGGGAGUGUAGUGUUAGGUCUGAACCAGGGCUUCUGGUGUGGAGAACAAACUUGGCUUCACAUUGUGGUUUGUCUGGAGUGAAAGACCUCACACUAAUCCCAGAUAUCAGGGUUUGUUACUCCCGUUCACACUAGGAGGAGUGAAAUGGGAGCCACCUAUACAUUGUUAUUGUCUGGGGCUGAUGAGAAAUGUAUUAUGAAACAUCUGGAGGGCAUUGGAUUGGGGAGGCUAGCUUAGGGCUUUAAAGUUCAUCACCACCACUUUAAACUGAGCCUGGAAACUAACUGGCAACUGAUGCAAUUUGAUUUGGUCCUUGAAAGAUAUCAGUAAUAGACGGGCUGAUUAAUUUAUUUUUUUAAAUAUUUUUAAAAUAUCGACUGGCAGAAGUACUUUAUUUCUUACCUGCCACAAAGGGGUAUUGGUGUAUUGCCUGGGAUCCUGGCUGGCCUCAUUUGCCUUUUCAUAGCUCCUGUUUGUUCACAUUUGCAUUUCCAAAGCAAUAGCGCUCCAUGAGAAAACAGGCGCCUGACAGUAAUGAUUGUGUACAGGCAUUACUAAUGCACGAAAGGCAAGGGACCACUGCCAUGGCUGCUCUGCCCUUACCAAGCCAUACUAGAACAGAAGUCUUCACCCAGCAGUAUUAUCUAGGUUUGCAAGAGUGCUAUCCUGGUAACCUUGAACAGUGUUUGCUGACAAUCAUGGUUGCUCUUUACCUUCAUCAGUCUUGCAUAUGGAAGGUCAGCUUCACAAGUAGGCAAGGUAUAGUUGCUGAAGCCCUCAUUUGCUCAGGGCCAAGGCAGUACCGACACCUGACACCCCAAAGCAGGAGAGGGGGACCUUUGGCCCUCGAGAUGUUGCUGGACUCCAACUCCUGCUAUACCUGGCCAUGCUUGCUAGCACGGAUGGGAAUUUUAGUUCAUCAACUUCUGGAGGGCCAAAGGUCUCCCUCUCCUGCUUUAGGGAGUCAGUUUUGCCUUGGCUCUGAGCAAAUGAGAGAGAUUUCUUUACUAGAUUUGACAUUUCAAACAUCUAAAACAUGAAAAUCUGAAAAUGGUUAAUUUCAGAUAAUUUUUUAAAAAUGGAGGCAUGAUCCCCCUUCAUGCACAGAUAGAAGCAUGCUGAGGGGCAUCUGACAGCUGCUAUGAAUAGCCUGUGGGUGCUUCUAGACUGUUGCUAUUUUUGGAUGGGAUUCAAUCAUAUCCAGGCAAACUGAGGCUGUGCAAUUAAAACUGAUUUAUGCAACAAA